ACGGCGGUAUAUUUCACUUUUUCAUGUCUCUCCUCAAUGGUUUUUGCACAACAAUUGAAACCCAACAUGGCGGCCCACAGGUUAGCAUGUUUGGGGAUAAAUGCCCUUUAUUCUACAGUCUGCGCUCCAAAGCAGGCGCUGCGGAGCUGCUGGGGUGCAGUGGAGCAGGUGAGAGGUUACUAUGUUAACUGGAGGAUGCUGAGGGACGUCAAGAGAAGACAGAUGGCCUUUGACUAUGCUGAUGAGAGGCUACGGAUCAAUGCACUGAGGAAAAACACCAUCCUACCCAAAAAGCUGCAGGAGGUAGCAGACAAAGAGAUCGCAGAGCUACCCAGAGACAGCUGUCCUGUGAGGAUACGCAACAGGUGCGUGAUGACUUCCCGACCUCGAGGAGUGAAGCGGAAAUGGCGACUGAGCCGAAUUGUCUUUCGUCAUCUGGCUGACCACAAUCAAAUGUCUGGGAUUCUGAGGGCAAGGUGGUGACUGCAGCCUCAUUGGACAUUUCAGUCAGAUUGCAAUAUGAAAAACAGGCUGUUUCAGGGGGUCUGGGCAGAAACCCUGGGCAUCAGUAUUUCAGGCUCCUGUAAAUGAUGUUUGGUUCAGACAGUAAGUUGCUUUUGUUGUCUUAUGGCUGUUCUAAAUAUGAAAAAAUAACCAUUACAGUGUGACUCCUGAGAAGAUCAAAUGUCAAUUUAACUUACUGUAUUCAGAAAUGGAUAAAUAAAUAUUAUUGUACUUUA